AUGGCUUCAAAAUGUACGAAAACAAAAUGUGUGAAAUCAGGAAAAGAAAAUUUGCAAUGCAUUCAAUGUUUUCAGUGCGAAAAUUGUUUUCACAUAAAAUGUGUUGGUUUGAGUGAUGAAGCUUUUGAAGUGACACGUGGUUUCGAUAGUUUUAAAUGGUUUUGUGAUAUUUGUCUGAAGAAGUUAUGCAACGUUAAAACUCUCUCUAAAAUAGUCAGUGACAAAAAUGAUGAAAUCAACUUAAAAGUCGAAAAAAUUAACGAAAUGAACGGUUUGCUAAAAAAGGAACUUAAAUUGAUAAAAGAGAUGUUGAACAGUAACAGUGCAAAAUUAGAUAGCCUUGAUAGGCCUGAUAGCAAGUUAUCUGCUGAGAUCAGCACAUUCAAAAGUGAUUUGAAAUCUUCUUUUGCUACUGUUGUUGGCCAAGAAGUGAAGAAAAACAUUGAGUGUGUCAAUCUGGAACUUAAAACGGUUAAAAGAAAAUUAACUGAGUCAAUUGAUAUAAAAGACAGAGAAAGAAAUAUAAUAAUUUUCAAUUUACAAGAAGUGUUGGAUAGUUUGAUGUCUAAAGAGACCGUGAUGACAAAUGCACACAAAUUGAAAUUAAUGUCGGUCGAACUGAGUAAAGUCUGGAUUAGCAAUGAUCUGACACCUGAGCAGAGAAGUGAAUUAAAGAAACUGAGUCAGAGGUCCUGUGGGAAGAUGGCGGAUUGUGAAGUUCAGAAAUUAACUGAUGAGGGUGUUGUUGACUGGAGGGCCAGUCGGAGGAUGAUUCAUGCUACAGCUCAAAAAUUAACCAUGAAAAAUUACAAUGAUUUAAAAAUUGGCCUGGGGCUCCUCAACAUAAGAUCUAUAAUGUCAAAAUAUGAAAUGGUGUGUGAUAUAAUUCGUGGAGAAUUGGAUAUUCUUGUAUUAACUGAAACAUGGCAUGGGUCGUCAGAUGAGUUUGCUGUUCGAUGCGCGAUGCCCCCUGGUUAUAAGUUUGUAGAUUACGUCAGACCUCACGAUCCAUAUCAUGGCGGAAUUAUAAUUUAUUUCAAGAAAGAGUUCAUUUAUAAACCUGUUGAGUUACCCGCCGUGAUAACUUUUGAAGCUGUUGCAAUUAAAUUGAGAGUAAACAAAUCUGAUUUUAUUUUGUUAUCAAUUUAUAGACCUGGAUCGGUUCCUCCUUCACCAUCGUUCUUUUCAGAGCUAGCGAAUGUUUUAGAAGUUUUAUCUCUGUUAAGUGAUAAAAUCGUUGUUGCGGGAGAUUUUAAUGUUCAUAUGGAGAGAAAAGAUGAUCCAAGCACAGUCUCACUCAAUGAGGUUUUCGAUUGUUUUCAGUUGGUCAACAGGAUUAACGAACCAACGCAUGAAUUAGGUGGUGUUUUGGACUUGAUCGUUACUUCUCGCUCUUUUCCUAUCUUUAAUAGUUUGAUAUUUUCCAGUGGAAUGUUAUCAGAUCAUGGAUUAAUCCAGAAAAAAGAUUAUUGGUGCAUUGGUAAAAUAAUUUCAAAAGAAUAUUUUGGAGGAAAUUCUUUGGGAAAACUUGAAAAUCCUUCUAUAAAAAAAAAGAGAUAUGGACCAAAGUAUACUUAG